AAAAACCGCCCGGAAAGAGUUACCGCGCUUUCCAAAAGUGGCGUUGGUAGACGUCGGCCAUAUUUCAUUUCGUCAAUAUGCAUCGAGGAUUCAAAAACUCCAACGGCAGUUCAAGGAACGAAGCAGGGAAGCUCUUCAUAGGUGGCUUAAGCUGGAAUACUGACCAAGACUCUUUGUUGAACUACUUCAGUCAGUAUGGAGAGGUGGUUGACUGUGUUGUUAUGAAAAAUCAGCAGACUGGGAAAUCUCGUGGAUUUGGAUUUGUCACAUUCCAAGAUAGUGAAUGUGUGGAAACUGUGCUCGCUGCAUCCCCACAUAAUAUUGAUGGCAGACAGGUUGAUGCCAAGCUCUGCAACCCAAAAGCAGCAAACAAGGGCCCUAAAGAAGGUGGUGGAAGAGGACAUGGAGGAGGAGGAGGUGGUGGUGGUGGUGGUGGUGGAGGAGGAGACAAGGACCGGAAGAUCUUCAUGGGAGGAUUACCUAAUGUGGAUGAGGACUUUCUCAGUAACUUCUUUGGGAAAUAUGGAAAGGUUGUGGAUGUCAACAUCAUGAUUGACCAGCAAAAUAAAAAGUCCAGAGGCUUUGGAUUUUUGACAUUCGAGUCAGAAGAUGCUGUAGAUCAAGUUUGUGCAGAACAUUUUAUUAACAUCAAUGGAAAACAGGUGGAGUGUAAACGUGCAGAACCCAGAGAUGGACGUGACAACAAACCAGGUUUCGGUGGGCGCCGAGGAGGCAUGCAGGACAUGAUGGGACCCCCUCAUGGAAUGGAUGGAGGCUGGAAUCAAGGAGGGAACUGGAACCAGGGCCCACCACAACACGGACCACCCCCUCCAGGACCCCCCAUGGGAAAUAUGGGAUUUCCUCCCCAGGGACCAGGAGGGUAUCAACAGCCCCCACCAGGCCAAGGAUUUCCUCAAGGACCACCUCCACAGGUUCCACCACAACAGCCUCCAUUUUCACAGCCCAGUUAUCAAGGAGGGUACCAGUCACCCCCUGGGUACCAGCAAGGAGGAUGGAGUGCACAGCCCCCUAAUGCUUCACCUGGACAAGAUACACAGCAGACAUACUCUGCUUAUGCAGCACCACAGCCUGGUUACGGUCAACCCCCCACCACUGCAUACUCACAGUGGGGUGCCACAACAAGCACACCAGUGACACCACAACCUACAGCUGCUCAGCCCCCCACCCAGCAACCAGCCCUGUCCAAUUAUGGCCCAUAUGGACAGCCCCCUGCUGCUGCUGCCCCCGCCACACCUGGAUACACUUCAGCUCCUGGGACACAAUCAUACAGUUCUCAUUACAAUGUAGCAGUUGCUGACCCUGCUCAACCUGCUGCUCCUACUACUGCACAGACUGGAUACAAUAGUUAUAACCCAUAUGGAGCAUCUCAGACACCUGCCCCUACAGUUCCUGACCCAUAUGCCCAAACAGUGCAGCCUCCCGCAGCACCAGGAGCACAAGUCCCCAUGGGAGUCCCUGACCCUUAUGCCCAACCUCCAGCAGCCCCACCCACUGCUGCUCCGGGGUAUGGUGAGCCACCAGGUUUUGGUGCAGCACCUCAGCCAGCUGCAGCAUAUGGAGGUCAAGGAGAUGGGCUGGGAGGAUAUGCAGCCCAGCCAGGUGGGGGAUACCAAAGGGCCUCUGUUCCUUCAACACAGGGCUAUCACCCAUAUAGAAGAUAAAGUGCUUUGGUUUCGGAGCAUAGGAGAUCAUUUUAAGCUGUAUUUUGCACAGCAUUUUGUCCAGGGAUUUCUCAAUCACCAUGUAGUUCCCUGUUGAUGACUUUUAAAAUGUCAGUCAUUAUUGCUAUUUCACUUCCUUCAAAAUGAACGAUGACGUAAUCAUGUGAAUUAUUUUUGUGUUUUUCAUAAAAUGCUCUUGUAUUCAAAGUGCUGUUUUUAAUGUUAAUUGUCAUGUCUUUUAAUAUUGGUCGUAAAGAAAUGCUAUAUACUAAAAGAUAUUUUAUUAAUGUAAAGCACAUUUUGAUAGUAUUUUCACUAGAUCUUAUAGAGUGUACUAGAGCUUUUACAGAGCUGUAAAAGCUCGCACUGUAAUUGCCCAGGUACUGCUUUACCUCAAUUGUUAUGUCACAUCUGUUCAAACCCAAUUGUAAUGUUACAUCUGGUUACAAAUGAUAAUUAAUGUAAACACUUCAUUUGCUACUGAAAAUGUAAAUGAAUGUGCACAUUGAAUAAGGUAUACAUAGAAUGUGAAAAGUAUGUAAUAAGAAGGUUAUGGCCGAGUAUUGGAGAACAUGCUUACUCUUAGUCUUAGAGCAGGAUUGGACCUCACAAGGUCUGUCCCUUCACAAAGACCUCGGGUUGGGCAUAUUUCUCAUUAUUCAGUCAGUUGUAAGUAAUACAUCUCAUCGUUAUUUUAAGUAAGUCGAAUUAGGCAGCUAAUACACGUAUCUUCUCUUUGUGAAGGCUUCUUAGAAUAUGUUCAUAAGAAAUCAAAGUUUAUGUUUUUGAUGAACUAGAUUUCACAACUUUCAACUGUGAAUAAAAAUUUUGCAAAUUUU